CGCUUCUUAAUAGAUAUUUAAAUUUAAGUUCCAUGUUCGUCGCCCGUUUUAACAUCUGGAUAUAAAAUAACAUAUACAUUUUUGGGUUAUUUAAAUAGAGGCUACAUACUUGUUUGUGAAACCAACCAGAAACUUAUUUUCCUCUUUUAAUUUGCAGAUCUUUGAGUGCUAAGCCAUGGCGAUAUCUCACGCUCAACCUAUGCUUCUUCUCCUCCUAUCACUCUUCUUCUUACCUACUUUGCGGGCCAUCCCUUUCACUAACUGCGGUACCGGAGAUGGUUCUGAUAGUCCUCCUCCUGUUGAAGCCACUGGUGUUGAGUUAUUUGGGGAUAAUGAAGAUAAAAGCUUUAAGAUAACCGCUUCUACAGUCAAAAUGAUUACUGGAGGAAUCAUGAGAGUAGAACUUCAAUUUGGCGUUUAUAAAUUAUAUGAUGAAAAAUUCGACGUCUGUGAAAUUAUUGCAUGCCCUGUUGUUCCUGGCGCCUUCGAGAUUCUUUUUACCAAACCCUUCUAUAAAGACACAGAGAUUGAACCAACUGUUACCGUAACCAUUUAUGAUGCAGAGUGUGAUUAUGACCGUUUUGUGACACCUGUCUCUUUUCAACCAAGACAGCAUGUCAUUUGCAUUGAUUUAACACACAAGACACAUUUGAAGUCCCACGGUAUAUCUUAUUCC